UGAAACCCUGAAGGAUCUGCCAGUGGUUUGGAAUACGCUGAAGGGUAGCAGAGUGGCCUCAGGCUUGGCUGGGACCUGAGUGAUUCUCAGGGGCACAACUUGCAGGAAUUCUGCUCUUAGCUGAAGUAAAGUGACAUUGCCUGCUGCUGAAAAGGCUCAUCUGCUUAAUGCUUCUCCAAUAUGUCUUCUGAAAAAGAUUUGCCAACAGGAUCCUUGUCUUCUCAUCCUGCCAGAACAACUUCUGAACAUUCCACACAGACCUUGUCAUCAGAGGGAGAGGAUACUGAUGUGGAGCUAGACGAGAAGAAUCUUCAGGAUGAAGUUCCAUUCAGCAGAGAGCAAGAGUCUCUGGAGGAGAAGGAAUAUUCAGAGGAGGAAGAGUUUCUGGAAGAGGAAGAUUAUCCAGAGGAGGAAGAGUUUCUGGAGGAGGAAGAAUAUCCAGAGGAGGAAGAGUCUCUGGAGAGAUAUAAGUUUCUGGAGGGAGAAUAUCAUCUGAAAGGAAAAGAUCUUUUUAAAGAAGAGGACCUGGAGGAGGAAAUGCAUGUGGCAGAAAAAGAGUAUCCUUUCAAACAGUAUCUGGAACCAAUAGAAUUUGAGGAGCCUGAUUCAACAGCAAUUGUGACUAAUCUUGAUGCAAGGAGCUCAACUGCCAGUACUUUUCAGGAGAGUGGUUUUAUUACCAUCCCAUCUAUCUUCACUACCCCUGCUCCUGCCUCUGAGACUGCCAUCGAGUCUGCCAUGGAGUCGACUUCCUGCUGCCUGAUGGUUCCUACACCUUCCCUAAGACACCAGGCUAGUCAGACAGAAUGGACCUAUGAGGGAACAUCCUCAAAAUUGAAACCAAAAACAGAGCCAAGAAUCUCAUUACUGUCCACUAUGAAGUCUGAUUUGGAAGAUGACGCUGAAAUGGAGGAAGAUGGAGAUGAUGCCAUGGAUAUUUACAAAAAAACCUUUUGGGAUUCCCUACUGACGGAGCAGGAAAUUGACAAAGAGGAAGUCAAGAAAUUUCAUGAGAAUUUUUUAAACAGCUCCUACCAGACAGUGUUUAACACAAUAAUCAAAGAAAUAGCUCUUCGCAAAGAACUGGAAGAGGACUUGGAUAUUCCCAUGUCUAAGUUGCUGGAAAGUGGAAACAAAAGGAAGCUGGCGAUCCUGUUGAAGAAAAAUUUUGAAAUAUUCAAAGAUGCAAUCCUACUGCUUAUGAAGAGACGUGAACAAAUGACAGGUCGGAAGUCCACUUACACAUUUUAUCUAUCAACUCAACCAAAUGAUGAAGAAGAGCCUAAGGAAGUCAAGGAACAAGAGGAAGUCAAAAAAGAUCAUCCUAUUCGCCGCCAUUACCGCAGGAAAAUAGAACUGGAUAAAGAAUGGAUACAGAAAAAGUCAAAGGUGCAUCGAGGUGAUGGAAAAUUAAUUCUCUACUCCAAUGAGAACAUCUUCCAAAUUCUCUUUCCUGAUGGGACAGGCCAGAUACACUAUCCAUCAGGAAACCUGGCUCUGCUCAUCUCCUGCACCGGUGUUAAAAACUUCAUAUACAUCAUUCUGGAAGACAGCGAAAAAAUGAAGGUCCGGGCCCUCAUCAACAACUCUGGCCAUGCCACCUUCUAUGAUGAACAUGGAGCUAUCUGGCUGAACCUAAGCAGAAGCCUGGGCCACUACUUCCCCAAAGGCAGGCACCAGAAGACCUGGAACUGGUGGGACCUGAGCACCCAUGUGCAUGCGCCCCCUAUCAAGUGUAUCUCCUUGAAAAUCAACCACUACAUCCAGGUACAAAUAAGAAGCCAAGAUCAGAUCAUCUUCUGCUUCUUCCAUGAACGGAAGAGGGUUUGUUUAAACCUGGGCACUAAAUACAAGUACAUAAGCCCAGACUUGCUGAACAGCAUGAAAAAGAGAGCAGUCCUGGAGGUGGAACCUGGCCCAACAGCUCAGAAGAUCCAGAUCCUUCUGGGAAAGAUGAGUAGGAUCCUGAAUUUCCUGACCAUUCCUGAUUUGGAAAACUUCGUCAACGCCACCACGAUGUGGAAAGUGAGCAUGUAUCUGGGGAACAGUAUGUCUCAAGGGCAGCCACCAAAUGUCCCAGCCUCCACUGAAUGUUUGGGGAGCAGCGAGUCCCCAGAAGCUUCAUGGAAAACCCCAAAGACCUGUUCAUGUCACUGGAGAGUUGGCUUGUAAUUUGGGGCCUGUCACAGCUCCUUGGCUGGGGAGAAAAAUAAGUUUUUCAGAACCGACAAAGUCUGCGGCUGGGCACAAAGACAAUCCAAUGUUUAACGCUGACCUGACAGCUUCAGAAGCACAUGGUUACCUCAAUAAGCAAUACAUGGCAACACCUAUUUGCCUCCUCCUCCUGCUUACCGCUCUUCAGAAGUUCUGUUGCGGCUUUCAGUCCUUGCCUUGACUGAGGACACAGACUGUCCAGCUCUGCCCUUCGUAGGCUGUGUGCUGUUGGGCAAGUAGCUUUGUGCCUCCAUUUCCACAUCUGUAAAAUGGGCCUAGAAAUAGUACCAACACCACAGUGCUGGGAGCACUGAAUAAGUUCACGCAUGCCUCAUCCCUAGAAAAGUGUCUCACAGUUAGAAACUACUUGGGAUGGGGGCACUCACUGGAGAGAUGGCACUGUCCUGCCUUAGCCCAGUAAGUCGCUCAUAAGGAAAAACAGACACCAGAGCCAGAGACUCCUUCCCUACGACUUGACAGUGGACCGCAGCACUCUACAAAGCUUAACACUGCCCUGGUUGGUGAAGGAAACAGCAUCCCCAGGUGCAGCUCCAGAAUCUCAAUGUUGGGCAGCGUGAACUGGCGGCUGAGAUGACCCUCCUCCCUGCUCAGCUCUCAGCGAGGCGCAGAGAGCCAGAUACGGUACUUGCCCCGAGGGAAGUAUGGCUGAGAUGAAAGCAAGGUCUGGCCCUGGCCCGGCCACACCUGUGCAGGCGUCUGCACCAACGCCUGGGAGAAGACCAACCUGCACCUGUGCUGCUUCCUCUUCUCAUCCCCUUGCUCUCCAGCCUCUGGUCCAUCCCCAGGGAUGAUAGAACCCUCCUCCCUGCUUGCAUUAAAGUUCCUUCCUGCUCAA